CCGAAGCCCGGAGCCGCCGCGUCGGGGCCCCCGGGCCCCCCUCAGGGCCCCCCAGUCCGGGCGGAGCGGGCCUAGGGCCGGCCCGGGCCGGGUGGGCCGGACCUGCACCGGGACCGGGACCGGACCGGGACCGAGUCCCGCGGCUGGAGCUGCGGAGCCGGCGCGCGCCAAUGCCCAGCGAUGCCACGUUCUGCAAAUAAGGAAUUGUUCCUCGGCCUCAUGGUGGGCACGGCUGGCCUCACCCUCCUCCUCGUGUGGUACCACAGAGGCCGCAAGCCAAGGACCAAGUUUGACUCAACGUUCCUCCCUGCCCAGGUCCGCACCCAUAAGGCUCUGUGCAGCAGCCCAGAUCCUCAGGGCAUAUUCCAAGACGGGCAGCUGAAGAUCCUGGACAAACUGGACGAGCUCGUGGCCCAAGUGGAGGCCCUGGCAGAGGAGGUUCGGGGCCUGAGGGUGGCCCUCCCGAAGCUGGAGGAGUUUAGACGAGACGGGUUGGGGGGCAGGACGGCACUUCCCAGGAUCAGCCCCCAACACCGAGCCAGGAAGAGGCGGGCGGCCCAGGGCCAGCAGCAGCCGAACACCAGCAACAGUUCCGAGGAAGCAGAGAGCGAAGGAGGGUACCUCACCGCUAACACGGACACGGAAGACCAGCAUUUCCCCACCACCUGGCUGCUCAAAAGCCCCGUGGAAGAACUCGCCCUCGAAGAGUUGCUCCAGAAGGCCGACAGUCUGCGGAUGGACGAGGCGGGCAAGACGGAAAGUUUUGAGCUGCUCUGCGACCACAAAGAGAAGUUUAGCGAUGAGAUCGAGUUUAUUUGGCGGUUGGUUCGGGCGUAUGGAGACAUGUGUGAGCUGUCCACCAAUGUAGAUGAGAAGAGAUAUUAUGCUAAUGUCGGUAAGACACUGGGUGAAAAGGCAGUUUCCAGUGCACCCGAAAACGGCCGCUGCCACCUAUGGUAUGCAGUUCUCUGCGGUCAGGUGUCUGAGUUCGAGGGUUUGCAGAACAAGAUCAGCAACGGACAAUGUUUCAAGAAGCACCUCGAUAUAGCCAUCCAGCUCCUGCCCGAGGAACCCUUCCUGUAUUACCUCCGUGGAAGGUACUGCUACGCUGUGUCGCAGCUGAGCUGGCUGGAGCGCAAGAUGGUCGCGACUCUCUUCGGGAUGGCGCCCACCUUCACCGUCCUCGAUGCCCGCAACGACUUCCUCAAGGCCGAAGAACUCAAACCUGGCUUCUCUAAGUGCAACUACGCAUACUUGGCCAAGUGUUACCUGGACCUGGAGGACACAUGUGAGGCGCUGAAGUUCUGUGACCAGGCGAAGCUGCUUCCAAGCCUCAGCAGAGAGGAUGAAGUCGCACAGGCGCAGAUUGAGGAGAUGCUGGGCUCCCUGUCGAGGACGUAGACCAAGGACUUGACCCUGCUCCAGGCCCAUGUUGGGCCCUGCUGUGCCCAAGAACUGCUUGCUGCUGACCAAGCCCAAGCUUUGUGUGCACGUACACGGGUCCGGCUUUGAGCCCCAGCACCACCCAGCAGCCACACCUGGGCCCCCUGCGCUGAGCUGACAGUAGCCCCUAAGCCAAAAACACAAAUUCAAAAACAAGCCAAUGGUGGCGGUGAAGAAGAUGAACAGGGACA